AUGACCUCUUUGCUUACUCAGCAAAAACAACUUGUGAGGGAUCUUGAAGAGGCAAAAGUUGAGGUGGGGAUACCUGAGACUAAUGCUUUUGUAGCAAGCUUGCAAGUUCGACCUACCUUACUAGAUCGAAUAAAGGAGGCACAACUGAAUGACCCGAAUCUGCUGAAGAUUCUAGAAGAAAUAGGGCGAGGUGAGAAGACUGAUUUUCAUGUGGUAGAUGGAGUGUUGAGAUUUUGGGGAUCGAGCUUCCUUUUAGUUGUUUCCCAUUGCAUUGAAGAUUCAAAACCCCCCAAAUCCAAGUUCGGGUCGGGUUUCACUGAAACCCUGAUGGCUAAUAUGCUGCUUGCCACCUAA